AUGACAACCUGGCAAGAAAAAGGAUUAAGCGCAAAAGGAAAACGACUUUACUUAGAAUUGGAUGCUGGAAUACACAAAUUAGAUAUAUGCGCCCUUUCGGAGACUAAAAAGAAGGACAAAGGCAACAGCAAAUAUGGAAACUACAUUCUAAUAUACAGCGGCAAGAAUAAAAAUAAAAGAGCAACAUCAGGAGUUGGCUUACUGCUACACGAAAGCUACGAGAACCAAAUCAGCAAUAUAAUAUACGUUAACGGCAGAAUACUUCAGGCGACGAUCAACCUACAAAAAUUAAGACCAAAGCAUAUAAUAAGUAUCUACGCACCCGACAGCAGCAAAACACAGACGGAUAUAGACAUAUUCUAUAAGACAUUACAAACAGUCUUAGACGGUAUACCGAAUUAUGACGAAAUAAUAAACUUAGGGGAUUUCAAUGCAAGAAUUGGCGAUGAACUUAUUCCCGAUAUCAAAAAUCGAUUUAACGAAGAAACGAUCAAUGAGACAAUUAAUAACACCUUCUGCCCACAUAAACCACAACAUAAAUAUACAUUCGAAAAUACACGAGGACAUAAAUCAACUAUAGAUUACGUAAUUACAAAUAAAAAUAUCCAUCCGACAAGAAUACAGGACACUAGAUCUCUUACUUCUGCAAAUCCAGGAACAAACCACCAGCUUGUAAUAGCAAAAAUGCGAACAACCAUUCAACGUUCUUGUAAAAAAUCUAUCGAAGAAGUAAGCAAAUUGAAUAUAGAAUCCCUAUCAGAAGAGUCGACAAAAUACCUUUAUCAACAAAGGCUCAGAGAGAAAAUUGCUGCUAAUAAUAUCCAAGAGACAGAUGACAUCGAAACAGCAUGGAAAAAACUAAAAACUAAUAUACUACAAGCAGCAGAAGAAGCCUGUGGAAGAAGGACUAUAAAAAAAGGGGGAAGAACAAAUACAAAACCGUGGUUUAAACAAGAGGUCAAGCCGAAGAGAAAAGAAAAUCGUACCUGCUAUACAGAUCCAAUUCAACAACGUAUAAUGACUAUAAAGCUGUAA